AUGCAGCAUGCAGCCACACACCGCGCCCAGGGAUUGCCUCUCGAAGUAGUGUUUCUUGUUGUAUGGCAACUUCAUAUGCCUGCAGCGGAUGGCGAUGCGACUAGCAUUCAGACGCUGGUGCGUCUGAGUGCCGUAUCGCACGUCGUGCGACAUUGGGCGCUGCACGCGCUGUAUGAUACCCUCUAUUUGCCCCGACAUGUACGCGAUUUCCGUAAAUGGUAUGCACGUAUGCGUGCGGCCAAGCCGCCCUUUCCAUGCGUUGGCUACGUCCGCGCCCUCUUUGUCGGAAUGGACGACAUCACGCGGCUUACGCAGAGCUCAGCGGGUUGGGAGGCUGAGCUGCUCCGUCUUCUGCACUACUGCGGCUCAACCAUCGAGCAUCUCUCGCUGUGGCAGACCGAGUCGCGUGCUCUUCUGCGCGACGCCGCCCAGGUGAGUGGCUCCCAUGCACGCGCUGCAUGGGCCGUCGGAGAACACAUUCUCGAUGAUACCCCCGAGGAGCUUGAGCGCGACGAGUCUGACGACAUGCCGCAGUGGCUUCGCGACGAACUCGCUCAGCUGCCAGCCGAGCACGUCGCCCGGCAGCACAUGGCGCAUUUUCCCUUUGUCCCACGCGCCCCACCCAAGCCGCCAGCCUGGCUGGCACGACCCAAGCCGCGCUUGUGCACGCCUCGUUUCCUCAGCUUGGUGCUCUACUAUCCCUUUUUCGAGAAUGAGCGCCCCGAGUUGUUUGCCCGCAUGGUCCUUUGGUCGCGUGUGGAGGAACUGGAUGUAUACCUGUCCAUGGAACCACGAAAAUCGCUGCAUCUGCUCGCAUGCCUCGCGCAUACGCCCACAUGGCGCCUGCGUGUGUCGAGUGCACAUGCAACGCUGGCCAUCGAGACGCAGAACGCCGCGUGGCCGAAUGCCUGUGGGAUUCUUGCGGCACUCCUCCGCCAUGCUCACCUCGAGGAAGCCCUCCUGAACGAGAUGCGUGGCCAUGGCGUUGCCAACGCGGACCUCUUUGAGAACGCAUGUUUCCGUGAGUUGGGAUGCUUGCGGCACGUCCGCCUCAACCUCACGCAAAAGAACCAGGCCGUGUGGGGCAAGCUUCGGCACCGACUGUGGGACUUUCGUGAGCGUGCGCAGUUUCAUAGACAAGGUGCGUGGUCCGAGGUACUACGGCCUACAUAA